AUGCACUCCAAGCCAACGAAGAUAUGGAGACGCUCUGCGCCGUCGCUUUACCAUCACAUAUCUAGUGUCAAACCCCAGUUUAUGACCCGGGUGGGCGAUGAGCUCGACAAAACCAUCGCCUUCCGCAGUGAAAUCAUCCCAGACAAGGCGAAGGAGACGCUCACCACGAGUCUGCUGUACUCUCAAGGCAGUGAUAUCUACGAGAUCGACUGUGCAUUGCCCCUUGGGUCGUUCUACGGGAAGAAGUCGAGCGGUGACGCGGCCGUCGCAACUGCUGCUCCUGUGAAACACGAGGCAGAGGGCGGGGGGGCUUUCUGUGACAUCGAGGACAAGAAGCUGUCCCCCAAGUGGGUGUACUCGGGGGAGACUGUUUCGAAGAUGUGCUACUUGGACGACUCCGAGGACAGUACCAUAAUUGCCAUGUCCAAAAACGGAUCCCUGGCGUGGUUCAGAGACGGGAUACGGGUCCCAAUCCAUAUAGUGCAAGAGAUGAUGGGUCCAAUGACGAGUUUUGCAGCGAUGCAUUCGCACGUCAGACCGCAGGCGUUGGCCAUCUCCGAUUUUGGUCUUUCGGAGAACCUGGAGACGUUGGUCAAAUCUCAGAGCAAUGGGUCCGAGGAGGACAGUAUAUUGAAGAUUGUCGACAACGCGGGGAAACCCGGGGAAGUUCUUAGGACGAUGCACGUCCCCGGUACCACUGUGACGCACACUGUCCGGUUUUUCGAUAACUACACUUUCGGAUCUUGUUCAGAUGACAACACGAUUCGGUUUUGGGACAUAAGAACCGCUGAUAAACCUAUCUUUUCGCUCAGUGAGCCCAAGAACGGGAAAUUGACCGCUUUUGAUGCGUCACAGAUCACUAACGAGCUGUUUGUCACGGGUACCUCCACAGGUGUCAUCAAGCUGUGGGAUAUACGUUCCGUCGAGUUUGCGACGACGGACUUGACCCAUCGCCAGAACGGACACGACCCUAUCCAAACGGAGCUCGUGAACUUGUACCAUUCAGGAGGAGACUCUGUCGCAGACGUCCAAUUCUCCCCAACGUCCUCCUCCGAGUUUGCUACUGUCGGCGGUUCGGGGAACGUGUACCAUUGGGACAUGGAAUUUUUCUUCUCGCAGAACGACGACGACGAUGCAGGUGCCACUGCAAAACUGCCCGCACCAGAAGAGUUGCAAGGGCAGUGCCUCAAGUUCUUCCAUAUCGGGAACAACCAGCAGAAACGCAACGUGAAGAACAGUGUCGCGUGGCAUCCAACCAUCGACGACCUGGUCUGCACAGUGGACGACACAAGCCUGAUAUCUGUAUACAAGCCCUUCCCGAUCAGGGAUUAUUUAUCGUGA